ACCCGAUAAGAAAUUUCUACGGUCCCUCUUUCGGAACCCGCAGCGUAUGGAAGCCCUCAAAAACUGUAACUUGGAAGCACUGACUAGAUUAAUGAAGGCAGCCGCUGACUUCCAGAAAGCCUCGACUACGGCCUACUUAAGGAGGAUCGUGGCAAGGACAAUUAAAGAAGUGUAUGGGUGGAGUAUCAAUGCAAAGAUGGUGGUGAGGUUGAAAUUUGACGAUCGAAUUAGGCUAGUGGAUGUCAGAAAGGUAGUGAAUGAUGCGAUUGAAGGGAUGGAGAUCCCGAACUGUUUGAAAGACGUUGCACGUGGUAUUGUUCGGAUCGUAUGGGUUAAGAACCCAUCCGUGGCCGACAUGCUACACAAUCAGCGGGCAUUUGCCAGAGCAGACGUGUCGACCUGUACCUGUGCAGGUCUGCCUUACCCUAGGGUAAGCGACCACGUGCAAUUCCGAUUGCAGGAAUUGGAGGGUGUGCAUCCCCUUAUUGGUAACGCUAACAACAUCCCUAAGCGAUCCCAGCCUGAACGCGCAAAACAGUUGGCGCAGGAGAUAACGGUGGGUAUUCGAUCGUGGCCGAAUUUCAGAGGCGAUGAAAUAGUGGUAAGAGGAGCUGAAGCAGCGAGGUGUAUGAUUACUACUUGUUCGGCGGGAAGGAAAUUUCUUGAUCCAGCUGAAGUCAGGAGUUUGAAGUUAACCUUGGAGGGGUUGGUAUUGACCCCCUUGGACAGGAACCUUGGGGCGACUCUGGUUCUAUGCCCAAAGUUGUAUUUCGAAGCGAUGAUGAGUACGUUUGUACUAUCGCCUGGCUACACUAUCGUUACUAAGAUUGAAGAAUGUAUCCAUAAGGAGAUGAGAGCGGAAGCAAAAUCACUAGAUCUUGAGCAGUUCGUGAGGUGGGACUCAAAAGGAAAGUUUGGUGAGGCGUAUGUGAUACCUAAGCACAAAGACCUAUUGAGGUAUAGGCCGAUUUGUCCUACGUUCUCAGAACCUACUGUUCGAACGUGCAGAGCUGCGGCCCGGACGCUGAAUUUACUGCUGGCGACAUUGCCAGCUGACUGGCACUUCAAUCUCAAAUCUGUGUCUGCCUUGGCACCGAGACUGGAGCAGUUCAAUAAGCAGAUUCGAAGAAAAAUCAACGCGCGGUCUGAACUCGUGUCUAUGUCAUACGACAUAAAGGACAUGUUCAGUAGAUUACCACACGAUGAGAUCAUCGCAGCGGUAGACUGGGCAAUUGAGUAUCACAUGGGAAAGAGGAGAUUCAAGGUACGCGUGAAUACAAGAGGGAGAGGAUGUACAUUUGGACGGACGCAGGAGGACAUCCACAACCUCGAUGACUCGCUGGCUCAAGUCCAAGACCGCCUCCGGCAGCUGGAGCAGCGACCAGUCGCCGCCCCCGAUGCCAGCUCUUCCAACACCUCCGAUCGCCUCGAAGCAUUGGAGAUGGACGUCGGCUCCCUCAAGGAUGGCGCGCAAUUACAGCAGGCCGCGACGCAACAGUUGGAACAACGGAUCUGUGCUACCGCCAACACCUCAAGUUCGGAACCGCGCGAGACAGCUCCAAAGUUUGACGGGCAGGAGAUCUUCUGCGACUCAAUGAAGACAGAUCCGAUUCCAUGGUUCCGCAAGUUCGAGCUCACGCUGCAGCUACACAACGUCAAAGAACACAAGCACCACGCAUACUUGUACUCUCGCUCAGGGGGCGCGUGCCAGGCUUGGUUGGACAAUUUCUUGUCCAAGUACGGAGCGGUAGCUGCCGACUUGCACACCAAGAUCAACUGGGAUGAUCUGAAGGCGGUGUGGCACAAGUGGUUCCAAGUCGAGCCGCCGGAGAUCAAGGCUAUGGACAAGCUCAUGGUCUUCGAACAAGGCACACUGCCGAGUACCGACUGGAGCGUCGAGUACCAACUGGAUCGCCAAGCGCAUGCGGAAGUCGAUAGUCCUCCUCUUGCUUAUUCGUUUGAGGACUAUGCUGCCCGGCUCGUUCCUAUGCUGGAUACUCAAGCUCAAGGACAAGACGUGUAUGCAGUUUCUUCUCUGUCCGACAACGGCGACAUAUCGUCUUCAAGUGGUUCUUCACGGGAAUCGGUGCGAGAGUUCAACAUAGAGGUAUUGGACCCGCUCACGUCCGAGGACUUUGCAUGGCUUCCUCUCCCGACCACGGGUGGCUUGCCGGGACCGCAAUGCGCAACACUAUGCGCUCAUAUCCACACAUACUUAUCCUUCUAUGCACCACCAACUUCGCUGACGGAUGACGAAGUCGCGGUGGGCGACAUCCUUGCGUAUGUUACCAAGGUGGUCCGCGAGUUUCACACGCAGCGGUACGAUGACAACAACACACCGCUCAUGUAUGUCCGCAUCCAGGUUGGGCAAGCGUCCUGCAACGCUUUGCUAGAUAGCGGCGCGUCUCGCAAUUUCAUAAGCCAAUCCUUUAUGCAAAGGGCUGGCCUUGGCACACAAGUUCGGAUUAAGGCAAACCCGAUGGCGAUCAAGUUGGCGGAUGGGAAAACGCAGCAACUUCUCGACCGAUACAUCGAGGCCGUACCGGUUUAUUUCGCACCUCAUGCAUGCGAACCGGUGACGUUCGAUAUUCUUGACACGGACUUCAACAUCAUUCUGGGAAUGCCUUGGCUUGCAAGUGCGGAUCACACGGUCAACUUCCACCGGCGGACUCUUAGCGUUCGCGAUGCCUUCAGCGUCGAACUAGCGUGUACUAUUCCUCUACCGCACCAUUCGAUUCGGUGCCAAGUGGUGACGGCCAAAUCAUUCCGGGUGACUUGCGCUUACGAGCAGCCCGAGGAGAUCGGCCUAUGUUUCCUACAGACCGUCGCGGUAGCCGACGCUUCACCCACGGGCUUGUCUUCGGACCCCCGGGUGGUGCGGUUGCUGGACGAGUUCGUCGACAUCUUCGAGUCACCUACCGAUGUGGUGCCGGAUCGGCCGAUCUCUCACGAGAUCAUUCUUGAGGUCGGAGCCGUGCCACUGAAAGGUUGCAUCUAUCAGAUGAGCGAGGAGGAGCUUGAGGUCCUCCGCACAGAACUCGACCACUUGUCUCUCACGACUUCUCCUCCAUAUGUCUGUGCGCUGUUCUUUGCCGGAGGACUACUGCUCACGAGUGUAAUCUUGAGAACCUCAGUCGCCGAGCCCGGCAGCGACCAAGAGAGCUUGCGCCUGCUCCAGGCCUCUGUUGUGGCUCCACCUGUGUCUCCGCCAUCUCCGGUCUUCGUUAUGCCCCCCGCAGCACCACCAUCUCUGGCCUCUGGCAUGGUUCCCCCCCCAACGCCGCAAUCUCCAGGGUCUGUUAUAGCUCAACCUGCAGCACUGCCGUCUCUGGCCUCUGUUAAGGAUCCACCUGCACGGUUUGCACCCCGACCAUCUCCGGGCCGGGCCUCUCUUCUGCCUCCCCCUGUGCCACAGACAUCUCCGGCCUCUGGUAUAAUGGCUCCACCCUCAGGGUCCCCAUCUCCAGCCUCUGUUUUAGAUAGACCUGGAGCCCAGCCAUCUGUGCCUCAAUCAUUGCCUAUUGCAACGGCUCUUACAGGUCCUGUGACUCCGCCGUCCCCAGCCUAUGUUAUGCAACCACCUGCUGCUACCCCACCAUCUCCACCCUCUGUUACCCCUCCCCCUGCGCCACAGACAUAUCCGGCCUCUGGUGUAAUGGCUCCACCAUCAGGGUCCCCAUCUCCAGCCUGUGUUUUAGAUAGACCUGGAGCCCAACCAUCUGUACGUCGAUCGUUGCCUACUGCAAGGUCUCUAACAGGUCCUGUGACUCCGCCGUCUCCCGCCUCUGUUAUGGAACCACCUGCUGCUACCCCACCAUCUCCAGCCUCUGUUAUGCCUCCCCCUGUGCCACCGCCAUCUCCGGCCUCUGCUAUGGCUCCACCAUCCACUCCAACGCCAGAACCGACGGUUCUGAACGAGUCAUUGUUUGUGAACGCAUCAAUCAGAGUCGCAAUCUACCACCCAAAGGAGUACGCUAGGUUCGCCGCAUCUCGUGAAGACUGUGGGCGAAUCAUCUUUCAUCUGGCGCCGCUGGCGGUCUCGUCUGCCAGUUGCAGUCUGUACUAUAUGCUGGCCGACUUGUGCUGGCCCAGUGGGAAAGCCGUCGAGUGGGUAAGCAUGUCCCUUAGGAGAGCGAAUCUCUCCCUGGAGCAGCAAACUCCUAUCUACCCAGACACGGACGAGUCUCUCGUUGUCACGUACUGGUGGCCGUACUCCACACCGAACGGAACACGUAUCUCUGGCUCUGGCGAGAUCAGCAACGAGACGAUGGCACGGUUUCUGGGAUUGAAUAUCGCAGUGGAUGGGACACAUCUUUUUCUAUUUACGAUUCCCAGUACCGGCGGGGGAGGAUCAUCAACGAUGACGUCGAUAUCAACGAUUAACGGUUCCCGUCUCUCCGUUGCGGUAGAGGAAUUCAACGACGUUACCUUUUCGACGGCCCCAAACAAGACAAGUCUUUACAUGGUGGAGGCUGACCGUUCUCCAUUGGCGAUACUUCAUACGCAGCUUAGUGAUUCGGGGAUGCCACUCAGCGUCGACCCCACAAGGAGAGAGAUACGCCCUAAAGAAAGUAGUAUGGGUUCCGGGGCUAGCAGCAUGCGGCUGUUCUUCCAGAGCGGCAUUGCAGACGGGAGGUGCUUUUACUUCGCCGACCCAACCCUGUACAGUGUGUGGGGACUCGAUCCCUUGACCUAUGAGUAUACUCUCGUCGCGGGAACGGGACAGGUGGGUGCCGCUAAUGGGGAUGGCCGCAGUUCUUCGUUCAGAUGGAUGACACAUUUAGCGACAACUCCGGAUGGGUGCAAUGUCUUUGUCACCGAGGACCCAACUGACGCACGCCCCGGCUCCGUUCGCUGGCUACAGCUUGAUUCUCCCUGCACCACGGCCACAUCCGUCUCAACCAUCCUCGAGGCUCGUCAUCACAGUGUGGGGUUUGUGAGCUUAGCGCUGCAUGAUUAUGAUAGUGGCAACCGUCUCAGACUCUACGUAGGAACCAAUGAUGGGGUUAUUUACGAGUUGGAAAUGAACAAGUCUACCCUACCCACAUGUGCACGUCCUCCUCCCCACCGUGACCCCAUCAUCCCUGAUUGGGUUUCCCGCAUUGCGAUCCCUAUUCUUGUGGGAUUCGCAUUGGUGGUGACCAUUGCCAUUUUUGUUCUAGUUAUCGUCAGGCGGCGGAGAAGGCAUCCCCCAGCAGCUGAGGAGGGGCCGGGGGGCGGCCGGGUAUCACGGUUCCUCAGCAGCUGUACCAGCAUGUCGAUAAGCACAACGUCGACGACGGGGUCGGGGUCGGGAUGGGAGAGGCUGGGGAGGGAUAUCAACUUGUCUCUGAUACGGCAGUUCGAUUUAGCGACCUUGUCGCUCUGUACUUGUAAUUUCGACGAUCGCUAUCGGAUCGGGCAGAAGGGGGCAUUCGGGGAAGUAUACAGGGGCAAUAUCGACGGUAAGGAGGUGGCAAUCAAGGUGAUGGCCGGCGAUCUCACGAGGGAAAAGCGGAAGCAGUUCGUUGCGGAGGUGAACGCAUUGUGCAGAGUCAAUCAUGUAAACCUGAUUGAACUGAUCGGCUUUUGCGAAGAGGGAAAUCGUUGCAUACUGGUGUAUCCGUAUUANGUGAACGCAUUGUGCAGAGUCAAUCAUGUAAACCUGAUUGAACUGAUCGGCUUUUGCGAAGAGGGAAAUCGUUGCAUACUGGUGUAUCCGUAUUAUCAAGGGGGAAGCCUGUACGAGCGCCUGCAAAGCAAGCAGCAGAGCCUCGGCAAUGCCCACCUUGAGAAGACUCUUCCGAGUCUGCCGCCGUUGACGCUUGAGGAGCGCAUGAGUAUAGCCUUCCAGAUCGCGCUGGCCUUGAACUAUCUCCAUGGGAGCACCAGGCGACCAAUCAUCCAUCGGGACAUCAAGAGCAGCAAUGUCCUUCUAAGCGACGGCAAGGGAAAUAAGCUUCAUGCCGUUCUCGCAGAUUUCGGGUUGGCGACGAUGGGGGAGAGAGUUUUUGGAGAUGACCAACACGACCUCAUAGAGACGGCCCACAUUAGCGGCACAUUCGGGUACAUGGCCCCUGAGUACCUGCUCAGAGGAGAACUGUCCGAGAAAAAUGAUGUGUACGCGUUCGGAGUCCUCGCUCUCGAACUGCUCACGGGGAGGAAGGCCGCCACACGGUCGCCUUCUGGGACGGAGGGCGUGCUGACGCUGAGGGAAUGGGUCAAGCCAUUCCUUGAGGGAGGGAAGCAGUCUCAGACCAAAGUGCCCCCCUGCCGGCCUGCUCUUGAGAUGCUCCGGGCCUUUCUGGAUCCUUGUCUGAGGGAUGAAGUGGCCGAGGCUUCAGCAACAGAGAUGGUUAUGGAUAUGAUCCAGUUGGCCUGGGUGUGCGUCAAGUUAGAGGAUGAUGAGAGGCCCACGAUGAAUGUGGUGGUCCACCGCAUUCAGGGCAUUCUGCAGAAGGCUACAUGUAUUCAGCCAAACAUCUUCAAGUUGGGGGUUCAACAAGCCUAAUAAAGGUGGUUUUUUUUUUUGUUUUUUUUUUUCGUGGGUUGGGGGGGGGGGGGGGGAGGAAGGGAGCGGGGGAUAAUCUACCUGUU